AUGGGCAAGGUCAAGUACAUCAUGCUCGACUGCGACAACACGCUCGUUCAGUCCGAGCACCUUGCCUUCGAAGCUUGCGCCGAUCUCACCAACGAGGUGAUGAAGAAGUACGACGUCAAGGGCGCACCUCACUACACCGGCCCCAAGCUCCUCGAAGACUAUGUCGGCCACAACUUUCGUAGUAUGCUCAAGGGCCUGCAGAAGGAGCAUGGCUUCACCAUGAGCGACGACGACCUCGAGGACUUUGUCUCUCGGGAACUCGGCGCUGUCACCAAGAAGCUCAGCGAGAAGGCCGUCGAGUGCCCUGGUGUCACCAAGGAGCUGCAGAAGCUAAAGGAUCAGGGCUACCCUCUGUCCGUCGUCAGCACCUCUGCCAAGAGCCGUGUCGUUGCCUCGAUCGAGAAGGCUGGCAUUGCCCACUUCUUCCCUCCCGAGCACGUCUACUCUGCUGCCACCUCUCUCAACCCUCCCAGUUCGAAGCCUGACCCCGCCAUCUACCAUUACGCUGCCAAGCAGCUUGGCGUCAAGGAGUCAGAGGCCGUCACCGUUGAGGACAGCAAGAGCGGUGCUACUGCUGCCAUGCGCGCCGGCAUUCCGUGCAUUGCCUACGUUGGUAUCUACGGCAUUGAAGAGGGUAAGGAGAAGAUGGAGCAGAUGGCCAAGCUCCUCACCGAGGAGACCAAGUGCAUCGCCGUCAUGUACGACUGGAGCGAGUUCCAGGAGUGCCUCAAGAAGGUCGAGGCGAAGUUGUAG